UUAACUUGUCGUCGCGUGACCGGCAAUAGGCCUGACGUAUGAUCGGUAUCUCCAGGACAUCUUUACAGUGUCAGGCAAUGUAACACAUACGUAAUAUAGCAUACGUGGCUUUAAUUCUUCGGUAUUAAUACUGUUACUGGUACUGGAACUAGUACUAGUACAAGUACAAGUACUGAUAUCUUUGUGUACAUUUUCAAUGAUAGUGGUCUACCCGACAGGGUACUGGGUAACAUUGGCCCCUCCAUCAGUUAAAAUAAAAUAGUCCUUUAUAUGUAUAAAUAAACUAGAGCUAGAGCAAGUACUGGGGAUGUAUGACAUGCCCAUGAAAAUAUGACAGUAUCGACUUAACUUCCGUCCUGUGAACUCAAAAGUUUGGUGAUAAAAAUGACUAAAGUGUUUUCAAAAUGAGGGGCAUUGAAUUAAUGCUUAUUGGAAUUUAUGCACUGACUAGUAAUAAUACUAUUGAUUAUACACUUCCUGGACGUUAUGAUUGGGAAGUAAAUUUAGAAACUGAAUUAGCAAGAAGUUUUUUAUUAAGCGUUCAGACAGAACGAGAACAUAAUGCAAUACCUAAAGAAAUAAAAGUCACUAGUUGGGAUGAAUCGCUGUACUCUUCAAUAAGUGAAGAAAAUGGAGAAUACAAAGGCGGGGGUUACGCAUUCAAAGUAUUCGAUAUAAUAGCAGCUAAAUUAAAUUUUAAAUACAAAAUUGUCCUGCCUGAAAAACCGAUACUCGGUAACAAUGUCACAGGAGUGAUUGGAAUGUUGAAUCAAUCGAAAGCAGAUGUGGCAGUUGCAUUCAUACCAAUAAUACCAGAAUAUUUAAGAUUCGUUAAAUUCAGCCCAAUAUUAGAUUAUUUAGAAAUCGCUAUAGUAUUAGAGCGACCAUUACAAUCAGCUAUUGGUUCUGGAUUACUUGCUCCAUUCAGCAGAACCGUGUGGAUUUGUAUAUUUGUGUCGUUAGCUCUUGUGGGACCAAUUAUCUAUAUUGUUACUUCGUACCGCGCAUAUUUAUGGGGGCGUACUAAGAAAGAUAAAUACUCAUUUAUCGAUUGUGUUUGGUUUGCUUAUGGUGCAAUAUUAAAACAGGGAUCAGCACUCACUCCUGAAGCUGAUUCAAAUCGACUUAUGUUCGCUAGCUGGUGGAUAUUUAUCACAAUAAUUACGUCGUUUUAUACUGCUAACUUGACAGCAUUUUUGACAUUAUCCGAGUUUACGCUGGCAUUCACUUCCGUUAAAGAUGUUGUUAACCAGCAUAAAACUUGGUCGGCUCAACAACAUUACAUCGUUGACAUCACAAUAAAUAGAAACGAUCCCGAAGAACUGACACCACUUCGUACCUCAUACAAAGAACAUCGUGGUAUAUUUUAUCAUAUUUCAAAGAAAGAUAAUAAAACUGAAAAGGUAGCAAGUUAUCUUACAAAUAGACGUUUAUUUAUCGACGAAAUCCAAUUUGUUGAAAAUUUUAUUAAAAACGAUUAUUUAAAUCGCACAAGACAAAAUUUGGUGGAGAAAAAAAAAUGUUUUUACAUAAAAAUGCCGAAUCCGGUAUUUCAACAGAAUCGUGGAUUCGCGUAUCCAAGUAAUUCAACAAUCAGCAAAGUUAUAAAUCGAGAAUUACUUCAUCUAUCGGAAUCAGGAAUAAUACAACACAUAGAGUCAGUAAAUAGGCCGAUGGUUACGUACUGUCCCCUCAUGUUGGGUUCAACGGAACGUAAAUUAGAUAAUAAUGAUUUAGAAUUAACGUACCAAGUAAUAGCAACUGGAUUUUUGUUUUCGUUAAUUUCAUUUCUUGUUGAAGUAAGUCAACAUUACUUCAGGUGUCGCGUGUGUUUGUGUUGUGCUGACUCUUGUACCUGUUGCAAAACGCGGAUGAAGGAACCAGUGAGUCCGUCAAAGCGUCCGCAGUUACCGUUGCCCCCACCUACCACCAUAACAACGGUGCCAAGUAAGACAGAAUUUUCGUCAUUUACUAAGCCCCCAGUCAUUCCGAUUUAUGAUACCAUUGAUAACUUCAAAAAUUCUAAAAUUCAUUACGUCAAUGGACGUGAUUACUUCGUCGUACAUGAAACGACGGGGGAAAGGCGACUAGUUCCAGUACGCAGUCCGUCGGCGUUAUUGUUUCAGUAUAAUCACUAAUUUAUUACAUCGACGCUGGAAUGAUUUAAUUUAAAAAACGGCAGGGGUUCUAUUUAAUUGACUAAUUUAAAUCAGAGACCAUUAAUGAUUAAUUUUUUUUAUUUUAAUAUUUUACUACUGUGUAAUUGUUGAAUUAUGAAUUAGACCUGACGAGGGUUGUAUUGAUUUUUUUUAUAUUUGUUCAUUUCCCCGCCUAGUUUAAUUGCAACAAUUACCCACGCAUGGUGGUGCUAUUUACCGUUUAUAAAAAAUUUAUCACUGACUGACGAUGGUUUUUUUAGGUAAAUUAAAUAAUCAAGUGUCCGUGGGUUUUUGUUGGUGGGGAUAAAAAAAUUUAUGGCUAAACAUUGUCGACCUUUUUUACAUAAACUUAAUCUUUAUUUAAUUAUUCAAGGGAACUCUUGGAUCGCAGCGCGCGAAAAGUCCGCGGUUUAAAAUAAUUUUUUUUGCCGGCACAUGGUAUCAAAAAAAAUAAUCGGACUCCCUUUGGACAUUUUUUGUGUAGUGAAAUAAAUUUGAAUUAGUAUUUAAAUGCUACCUCGGAGUCUUUAAUCUGCUACAAAAAAUACUGUACAGAAAGUAUUGUAACUCGUGACAGUAUUAUUUAAAAUAAAUUUAAAAUAAUAAAUUUAUAGAAAUACAUGAGUGAGAUUCUGGCCUCGUCUACUGAGAAUGCAAAAAAAAUUUAUUAUUUUUUAACACUAGUCUGAAAAUUAAGUGUGAAAAAAUUAACCACAGGUUUUAUUUAACGUGUCCAUAAAACAAAAACCACUAAAAUUUUUUCAGUAUUUGUUUUAUUUAUUCAAAUAAUUAUAAGUAUAAAUAUCAUCUUAAAAAUUAAAUAAUAUAUUAAUUGAUUAGUUAAUAAUUAAUAUUUAUAAUUAAUGAUUGUUAAAAUGUAACUUAAUUUACUUAAUAUGUAUAAUUAUUUUUUUUUAUUUAUAUGAACAAAUUCGAUCUCGACUUUUUUGCGAUUAAAAUUAUUAUAACUCAUAAUAAUAAUAGUGAUAAUGAUAAUUAUGAUUAUUGAAUUGUAUAUAUUUACACUUUGAUAUUGCAUAAUAAACAUAAUUUUAAGUGUGAGCGUGUAAUCAAAAUAAAACAAUAAAUACAAAUGUAUCGAGUGAUUUUUUUUACGUAACACAAAUUCAUAAAUUAUUAUCAAAUAUAUUGACAGUGACAACAAGA